ACCCAGUAUUUUCACAAGCAUCAGGGGCUCGAGCGUCGAUGCCCGUGUAAAAUUUGCGAGGAGUGUUUUAAUGUACAUGUUUGUUAUAAAUAUUAUAUUUGAAGCAUAGACGUGUCUUAGUCUAACCCUAAUUGUUUAUCAUUGUAUCUAUACAAGUUUAUACGUUCUGGUGGCAAGCAAAUAUUCCAGAACAUUUCCCGUGCUUGAUUGACAGUUAUAAAUAAUCAAGAAGUAUCAGCUAGAUGGUCGUAUGGGCAGCCUACCUGAUCUGACGGAGCUUUCGCGGCCGCACAGCAUCCGAAACGCCGCGAGGACCGUAUCCGAUCCUCAUCGUCAUCGGACUGUGAUACAACAGCUACCUGCAAAUACGAUACACAGGAAAGAAUGGCUUUGGAGGAAGACAAGAACACCGGUCAAACUCCCUGCCACUCUGCCCCGGGGUCGACGGGAUUCCGCCGCUUCAUCAGUAGGAGCGGCGUCAAUCCGUCGGCUUAUAACAAGACAGCCCCCAAAACUUCCAAAACCACUCAUCAGACGAUUCACGCUACUAUGCAUAGCCAGUGGCCUCUGUUCAACAGCUCUUCUGCCUUUCACAGCAUUCGCUGGCGCAGAGGCAGGUUCUGUGCCUUUGGCAAUUAUGCACAUGGUAGCCGCGAUUGUCGCUCCAUUCUCACCUCUCAUCCUCCAAAAGACGGGAACACGUAUAGUUGUCACCGUGGCACAUAUUCUUAUUUGUAUACUACUCAUUGCUCACACGAUUGCAACUCCGUUAGCGAUACUGCUUCCUCUUUACGCCAUUUGUGGGUUCUCACUUUCUCCGAUGUCGCUAGCUCUGUCGGCAUCUGCGACAUCGUUAGCACAAACUGCCGGCGAUGAAAUUAAAAGAAAGAUUGCCCUGCGGAGGGCAUUAAGAGCUCUCAGGGCCGCACAGGAUUUAGGAUUAGUUUGUGGAUCUCUGAUGCUAGGAGGAGCACUUGUAAUUUGGCCUGAAACUCACUCACAAGAAAUGCAACUAAAUAAUACCGACCCAAACAUGACCUUACAAUCUUUUCCUUCAGCGGAAGAAUACUAUUCGGAUGAGGACUACGAGGAAACCACUUGUGGUUCUGCUGGCUGUCCUGGUAUGCAGUUCCUCUUAGGUUCGUCACUCAACUCUGUGGGCCGCAGAGUGCUAGUCGGACUGUGGGCUAUUCUUGCUUUAUUGGCCUCAUUGCUAGGCCUCUAUGGAGCUGCCUCCACACCGGCCCCACCACCUGAUGCACGGUCCGUGCUCAGGGACCCUCGGACGUUACUUGGCACCCCGAUGGGUCUAUUCAUCGGUCUUCAACAGGGAUUUAUUUAUACUUCUUAUAUUAAGUGGUACGGAGUCUGUGUGGGAGGUUGGUCCAGUGCAUUCCGUGCACUUGUCGGGGCUGGAGCCCUACAGGCUCUGGCGGCAGCUACACUCAGUAUGGCUGCGGCACGAGGCCGACGAGGAGCCCUAACCGCCGGCGGGGCAGCAGCACACGCUUCGCUGCUUCUCGCCAUGCUUCGCUGGCGAGCAGCUAGAAGUGACUUAGCUCUACCAGCAGUCGCCGCGGCAGCUUGGGGCGCCUGUGCCGCGCUUUGGGACGUCUUACAGGCGGGUAUCUGUGUGGGCGGUGGCGGGUGGCGCGGUCCUUGGUCAGCGACUCUGGCAGCUCGUCACACAGGUCUGGCGCUGGCCUGUGCGGCGAGGACAUUCCUCUGCGUCAAAACACAGCUCGCCGUUUUGGCUCUAUCCUUAGCAUCGGCCCUGGCAUCGCACGGCACAUUGGAACUGCGAGUUCGACGCUCAGAACGUCAUCGUUCCUAGCGGCGACAGGCGGCGGCCAAUGUUCCACACAGGACCAUUGUCGCCUGCCAUGUAAUCAGUUAAAUCUGAUAAGUAAUAUCUAUUUACUCCCCCACCUACGUGGGACUGUCUGUCGAGCUGUGAACUAAGAAUUGCAUAAGUCUCUCCUGAUGUUCAUGAUAUAUGUGUUUUAUUUUAUAUGUAGAUGUACUCUUUCUGAAGAAUUUAACAUACACUUACAUGAUAUACUAAAUGUUUAUAUUAAAUAAUUGUUAUAUAUAAUGUUAGUUUAUUGAAUCUAUUUACCCAUCCGCAUAGUGAAUGUCAAUUUGAUGUAACAUUUUAAUGAAGAUUUAUUGGGUAAAGAAUAUAUAUAUUUUAUUUAUUCAACUCGGUGACCGUUUAGUAACGAAUGUAUAAUAAAAAAAUAAAAACUUAUAUAUAUAUAUAUAUAUAAAUGAAUGUCUGUUAGGAAAUAGGAUACAUAUAUAGACUUAAAAAAUGUUUGUUAAAAAAAAAAUCUAUUGCAUAACUAAUUAAUUAUACAUGACUGAAUAUCGGUGGAUAUAUGUCACUUCUCAAUGUACUUAAUGUUGUGAUUUUUUUCUUCCCUUAAAUACGCCGGACGACUAAAAUGACUUACUUGUAUUUAAUAAUGAAUGUUUAUUUGUAAUGAUAAAUUUAUUCAAAUUAUUUAAGAGAUCUAUGUACAAAUGAUGUAAAAAAACCUUUGAGGAAAUAAAGGAUUGAAAAAUUUUUCAAUCACAAAACGUUGAGUUAUUUACCUGUCGAUGCGUAAAAUGACUUACUUGUAUUUAAUAAUGAAUGUUUAUUUGUAAUGAUAAAUUUAUUCAAAUUAUUUAAGAGAUCUAUGUACAAAUGAUGUAAAAAAACCUUUGAGGAAAUAAAGGAUUGAAAAAUUUUUUAAUCACAAAA